AUGCAAGCAUAUCGAGACAAUUUCAAGCAGACGCCUUGCCCGACUAAUUUGGAUCAAACAGCUGUUUCUACCUCUGCCCGUUUACCGUUUUCGAAGGGGCAACAUAAUCGAACGGUUAGCGAUCAUCAUCUGCCCGCAAAUGCAACUGUGAACCUAACCACGCCCAGAAUGUUAAGUCCUACAGUCUCGCAUGAAGGCGGCACAACGACAUCAGCUUUGUUGCGGCAAAACCAAGAGCUACGACAACGUUUAGCUGAUGAAGCUAAUAAUUAUCGAAGACGUUUGGAUACGUAUAAGCAGGCCCAACAAAACCAAGCUACUCUCGUUAGCCGUUUGCAAUCGAAAAUUCAACAAUAUCGGCAACGAUGCAGCGAUUUAGAAGAACGCAUGCAAGAGACCAUAAAGCCAUCAACGACUUGUCAUAUGCCUAAAUUAACGACAGGUCCUACUUCUAGUCAAGUCGUGUGCGCAACUUCUUUGACUUUAGGCCAUUCGAGUCAACCGUGUUCCUCUUCUUUAGAAACAACACCGCUUUCUCCGCCCACAUGUGGUGGUGGUCGAGAGUGCGUCGUCCACGAAGAUAGCAGUGAAUUGUGUCGGAAAUUAGAUGAAGAGCAUAAAAAAUGUGAACAAUUGAUGGCUCAAAAUAAUGCGUUGCGACAACAGUUAGAAGAAUCUAAUCACACCAAUGAAGCUUUAACUAAUGACUUGCAAAAGUUAACAAAUGAUUGGUCCAAUAUGCGAGAUGAAUUAAUGGCUAAAGAGGAUGAAUUUAAAGAAGAAGAACAGGCUUUUAAGGAUUAUUGCAAUAGCGAACAUAAUCGUCUAUUGAAAAUGUGGCGAGAGGUGGUAGCUGUAAAACGGGCCUUUAGGGAUAUAGAAACCGCUAUGAAAAACGAAGUGUCCAAAAUGGGUUUAGAAAUAAAUAGCACAACUAAGGAGUUAUUGGCUUCAUGUGGCGGUGUAGCUUUCAAUGUACAACAAGCUAAACGAGUAGUCGAUGAACAAUUAUUAGAAGCUAAACGUGAGAGCGAUGGUUUGCAAGGCCAACUGGCCACGUUGAAGGUGCAACAUGAAAGUGCUCGUCAUGAGAUCUUGGAACGUGAUCAACGUUUGCUGGAAUUAAUGAAUCAACUUAAGAAACUCGAAGAUCGUUGUGGUCAAGCCGAAUCUCAGGCCAUGCUAGCAAAUCGUUAUAAUGACGAAAUCGAACGUCUUAAUAAUUCAAUACGUGAAAUAGCCCAAGCUGUCGUUUUAGAUGCUGAGAUCGCCGAUCGUGAGACAACAGAUCAAGGGGUAGCUGCACGAGAGAGCAGCGAACCGUCCGCGCAUAUGCACACAGCUCGUGAUUCGUCAUCGGCCGUUCCAACAUCGGCAAAAUCUGGUCGCCGCUCUUCUUCGCGUACCUCGCACGCGUUUGCCGAAAGUACUAUAUCCGCAGUUCAGGCUGCUUUGCAUAAAUAUCAGUUAGCUCUGCAUGAUAUGCAAGUGAAAUUUCAAAAUACUGAUGAAAAUUUACGAUCUACGAGAACACAGUUGGACACAAGCGAAGGCACGAAAGCCCUUUUAACUACAAAAAUACAACAACUCACUGAAAAAUUAGAUGUGAGCAAUUCUAAACUUUCGGAAUUGUUGAAGGAACGUGACAGUUUGCAGAAGACGCUGGAUGAAAUUCGCCAACAGAAGCAACAAUCCGAACUGGGAAAAGCUGAACUUAAUAAUGCGUUUGAAAACUUGAGUACAGACUAUGAGAAACUUCAGUUUAAUUAUGGUAAACUGCAAAAGAAAAUCGAUUCAUUGGAAGAGGAUAAAAAGGCAGUCGAAUUGGAAAUCCAACGAAUACUUAAGGAUAAGAAUAUUACUGAGAUGAAUUUAAGAGCUGAAGAAGAUCGCGGCAGUCGUUUACGUGAGGAGACUAUAUCUUUGCGUGAAGAAUUAAAUCGCGUAAGCUUAAGUCGAGAUUUGCUUGAUCAACAACGCAUCGAAUCGGAUAAUUUGAUUAGUUUAUUAGAAAAGCAAAAAAAUGACUUAGAAUACGAUGUGGAUAAGUUAUUGGUGGAUAAAUGCGAUUUACAAGAGCGUCUAGAGAAAGUGUUUAGUAAUAAUUCAAAUACCUCUGACGAACUAAAAGCUAUGCAAAAUAAUUUAUGUGAAGCCCAAGAAGAGUGUAAAAAACUUGCGCAACAAUUGAAAGAGCAGAACAACGAAAUAGCUGAUCUUAAAAAAGAGCAUGCUCAGGUAGAAAAACUACGUCUAGAAUUGGAAACUGACAACCUUUCGUUUAGCGAAAAGUUGAAAUGCUUGCAAAUUGAAAAAGAAAAAAUUCUACAAGAUUUGGCUUGUAUAACGCGUGACCGUGGCGAUAUACACAAUCAACUUACGGCUAUGUGUCGCAGAAAGGAAACGCUUAACGAAGACCUUAUGCGUUGCCGGCAACGCCUAGAGCAGACUACAGAAACGAACAACCGUUUGAAUAGAAAUCUUGAGGAAAUGAUUAAGGAUGUGGAAGAAAAACAAGUGGUUAUUGAUUUACAUGAGAAAGAAACACAUCGUCUGCAGGAAUUAUUGGCAUCACUACGAUCGGAGAAAGAGUCGCUUGACGCGGUACUCUUCGAUACCAACACUUCAUUAGAGGCAACCGAAGAGAAACGCGCUCAAUUGGAGAAAGAACUGCAAGAAGCUUUAGUGCGAGAAGAGUCCUUCAAGAAUAAUGUGGUUCGUUUGCAAAAAGAAUUAGAGCAGAGUCAAAGACGGGCCCAGGAGACAAAGACCCAACUAACGAAUGCCGCUCGUGCGGCAGAGAAUGAAUUCAAUCAAACAAUCUCUAAUUUAAAGGCAUCAGCAGAAGAAACGGCAAAAAAGAAUAGUGAUGAAAUGCAACAAUUACGCUCCGCUUUAGAGAAACGUAUGCAACAAGCUCUACAAGCUCUGCAAACAGCUAAAGACGAGGAUAUUGAAAAACAAGAAGAACGCUUGGAAGCUUUGCAAACACAUUUGGAAAAUCUAGUACAACAGCAUGAAGAAGCUCUGAUUAGAGCUGAAAAUGAAAAACAACAGGCUUUACUAAUGGCUCAUCGCGAUAAACAAGCGAUCGCGGAAAAAUUAGAUGCUGUCAAACGGGAAUUAAAAUCCGAACAGGAAGCUUUAGAAAGAUCUAAGAGAGAACAUAACGCACGAGACGAGAAGCAACGUAAUGCAAUCGCGCAACUUAAGGACGAAAUGGUUAUCAUGCGAACCAAAGAGGAAGAACAAAAGGUUAAACUGGAAGAGUCCAUACGAAAGCAAGAGAUUCAAGCAAAUGCUCUUAAAGAAGAACAAGACAAUCUUUUACGUCUUAACGAUGAGCUAAAAAUGGAUAUUAGAUUGAAAGAAGACAAGCUGGAGUCCUUGAACAAUGAAUUACAAGAUACUUUGCGUAAAAUUAAAGAAAGUGAAGGCUACACUGAAGGUCUUCGCAAAGAAUUAACUGAUGCACGACGUCAAUUGGCCGAUAGCAAUGUUGAACGCGAUAAGUAUGCCAACAGCAAUAAAGAACUAAGGGAUCACGUUAAAAGGGCUGAAAGUGCUAAGCGUGAACAAACUAGGGCAGUAGAGGAAGCUUUGCAAAAGAUUAACAAUUUAGAAGAAAACAAAAACACAUUGGAAAACGAACGGACCCGUUUAACAACUAUACUUAAAGAAACGGAAAAUAAUUUGACUAAAGCAACACAAGAGUUAAAUACAACGAAGAGUUCUUUGCAAAAGACGCAAAAGGAGUUCGCUCAGAAAGACGAAGGUGGAAAAGAAUUGCAAAAUAAAUUAAUUGCCGAAACCGAGUUAAAAGAGCGAGCUCAACAAGAAUUAAAUCAGAUUAAGAAACAGUUGGCCGACUUAGAAUCGAAUCUUUGUGCAACAAGGCAAGAACUGGGACGAGCACGUUGUCAUGCCAACCAAGAAGAGCAUCGUUUUCACAAUCGCGAACAGGAAUUAGUGGCCCGUAUUGAAGAAGCGCGAAGUCGUGAGAAACGUCUUGAAGAUCAGAAGCAUAAUUUAGAAGUGUGCCUGGCCGACGCCACGCAGCAAAUUCAAGAACUAAAAGCCCGCUUGGGCGGUGCGGAAGGACGCAUAAGAGCGUUGGACGAGCAGCUAGCUUGCGCAGAGUUACAUAAACGUGAUGCGGAGCAUAAGCUGCACUCAGUAAUUCAUACAUUACGGCGUAUUGCAGGAAUACAAAUGGACGGCAGCGUUAAUUUAUCGCAUCGACUUGUAAGUCCCUCAAGACGUUAUAGCCCGAUACGUAGCGUAGCCGGAGCUGUAGCAUCCAGUUGCCAUGACUACGACGCUAGAAGCACUUCUAACUGUCCCGAAGGUCCAACUUUAGAAAUAGAUCCGGACCUUAUACGUAAGGGUGUGCGUUGCCUAAUGCAUCAAGUAGCACAAAUUGAACGAGAGAAAGACGACUUAAAAAUGCAACUGUCUUCGGCGAGAAAGCAAUUACAAGAUGCGGCUGAUCAGCAGCUAAAGUGUGAAACGAAAGUAUCUAAACUUCAACAAAUGAUCCGACAUCUGCAACAGGAGAAGGGCGAUUUAGAUACUGAACGCAGCAUAAAAGUAUCAGCUUUAAAUGCUUUGGAGGAGAAGUUUAAACAAAAAACUAACGAAUGCCAACAAUUACAUGAGAAGUUGAAUCAAAUCGAAAUGCAAUUGGCUUCGUGUAACGAAGAAAACUCUCAAAAUGAAGAUCGUUUGGAGAAAUGUCGUCAACACGGAGCAAAGUUAGAAAAUGAUAAGAGACACCUUCAGGAAGAACUGGUUAAAACUGAAAGCAGAGCCACGAAAUUAGACCUUCAACGUGUGGCCUUGGAAGGUGACAUUACACGAUUGCAAAUGGCGCUACAAGAAAAAGAAAACAGCAUACGACAGGCUCAAGAACGUUUAGAUAAUCAAAACAAAACGAUGACCCAAUUAGAAGAUCGAUGUUCUUCCUUGAAAGCAUCCUUAGAUCAAAUGAAAGAACGUCUGCAAAAAGCGGCUGUUAUUGAAACAGAGCUAAGAGGGGAAUUGAAAACGGCCCAUAAAGAAUUGUCGGAACAAGGUCAUUCAUCGCAAACGAAUGAAGACAAAUUAAAACUUUUGCAAAAAUCAUUGCAAGCCGGAGAAAAUGAGAAGCGCAUUUUAAGUGAACGAUUAGAAAAAGCCCAACAAAAUUUAAAUGAAUUGAGGCGGGGUCAACAGGCUCAGCUGGAUAGCGUUCAACGUUUACAAGAUCAAAUUAAUGAUCUUGAAGUGCAAAAAUCAACCUUAGAAUCUCAAUUGCGUAUUGCAAAAUGGAGCCAAGAGACCGGUGCUAAAAACAAUGGAAACGCCGUGAAUGGUGACGAAGAAGAACUUGCAAAGCAAUUAAAAACUUCGCAAAGAGAAAAAUCCGAGCUAAGAAAUACGCUUCAGGCAUUACAAAAUAAAGUGCGCCGCUUGGAAAAUGAAAGAAAGAGCAAAUUUUCCGGUAAUAAUUCUUAUGAUCGGUCCGAGAAGGAGGCCGGUGCAAUCAGCUACGAAGGAGGAAUUUAUGAUUCGAAUCGUUUAACAAGUUCCAAUGAUAAUUAUCGCGCAAUCGGCGAUUCAGGUGCCGGCGACGGUGCUACCAACAACGGCUUAUUCAGUUGCGGUCUUGAUCAUGCGGUUAUUGAGCAAGAAAAUCGAGACCUCAGACUAAAAGUCCGACGUUUGGAGACUUUAUUAGCUGAAAAGGAAUCUGAGUUAGCUCGUUGUAAGGCUCGCAUACAUGAUAGCGCUAAAUGUUUGGAUACCGAUAGAUACCGUAAUGCUCAAAUGCACGCGGAAAAAUUACUGGACGCGCGUGAACAAUCUCAUAGACAACAAGUCUUGAGAUUGGAAAAUCAGAUAUCCAUAUUACGUGAACAAUUAGCUCAAGAAGCUAAGCGCCGUCAACAGUAUAUAUUGCGUAGUUCAAAAGCUAAUAGAGAAAUGCAACAUUUACGUAAUACCUUAGGCGAUUCUUUGCGGCAUGUAUCCCAGCACCCAUUGGAUCCCAAUCUCUUAGAAAGUGAAACAAGACGAUUAGAUAAUGUUGUAUCAAUGAGUCUGCCACCUUCUACUUGUCGAGACUACGAAAGAGAUUGAAAUUGCAAAAUGAAAACGACU